CUGGGAGUCCAGUGGUGACCUUCCCAGCUCUGGGCUAGUGCCCUACAGAGCGCUAGGGGUCAGAACACACACACACACACCCACUCUACCCUCACUUCCAACCCUCCACUCCUCAUCUGUGGUGUCUGACUAGUUAGAAGCCCUGUAGGACAAUGGCAACUCACAGAAACUCUAGUUUCCUCAUCAACCUCUCCCACCACCCACGAUGGACACAAGAUCCCUCAAUGAGGGAGAGAAGGAGACAAAGAAGGACAGAGGAUACAGACACAAUGAACAGUACAACCCCCACAUCUAAAUCUGCAGUGCUACGCUCCAGAAGCUGGUGGGGCAACUGGCUUAUGUUGCCCCUGCUGAUGGCRACCUAUCUACCGUGUGAGGCCUGGGGRGCCACUUUCACUGUGGCCGUAGUUGGGCCCUGGACAUGUGACCCUAUGUACUCCAAAGCCCUCCCUGACCUGGCUGCCCGCCUGGCCACCGCCCGCCUCAACAAGGACCCCUACACUAAGAAAGGCUACUGGUACGACUAUACUCUGGUCAAUGAGGACUGUAAAACAUCCCGCGCUCUGGCCCGCUUCACCUCUCUGGAAGGCUAUGGCUCAGCUUUUCUCGGCCCUACUAACCCAGGCUACUGCUCAUCGGCCGCCCUGUUUGCGAAAAACUGGAAUAAGCCCCUUCUUUCCUGGGGCUGCCUGAAACCCAACAUGGAGGAUGGACAGUAUCCCACCUUUCAUCGGCCCCUGCCUCUGUCCUCCCGGGUUCUGUUUUCUAUGCUGCGGUACUUCCGCUGGGCCCAUGUAGUCAUCGUGACGUCAGAGGAUGACCUGUGGGAGGCUACAGGACACGAGCUGGCGGCCUCUCUGAGGGCCUUGGGCCUGCCGGUCAGCACUGUGGUCACCAUGGAGCCUGACAAAGAUGGGCCCACAAAAGCCUUGAAAAGGAUACGGGAGUUAGACCGUGUCAGAGUGGUCAUCAUGUGUAUGCACUCAGCUUUGAUCGGUGGUGUGGCCCAGUAUCAGCUCCUAACCUCUGCCUUGAAUAUACGCAUGAUAGAACGUGGCUACGUUUUUAUCCCCUAUGACACCCUCACAUACUCACUGCCCAAGGGCACAAACUUUAAUGCCCUGACCAAUGACAGCUUGUUGAGAAAAGCCUACGACGCAGUUCUCACAAUCACCAUGGAUUCUGGCGAGAAUACUUUCUAUCAGCGCUUCAAAGAUGCUCAGGAGAAAUUUGAGAUCCGCACCAGCACUCCACCAGAUCAGGUGUCUCCAUUUUUCGGCACCAUCUACAACAUGAUAUAUUACAUGGCCUAUUCAGUGGAGAAGAGUCGGAUGGCAGCGGGGCGCUGGGUGGAUGGGGAAACCAUGCUCCAGAGCGAUGGAGGGGUCAAAUUUGAGGGCUUCAACCAGCACAUCUCAUCCGACAAAGAUGGGUUGGGGAUGCUGGCUCGCUACGUGGUCCUGGACUCAGACGGGGGAGACAAACUCUACAUGACACACACUCUGGAGGGCCCCCACACCCUUGGCAAAUUUGGGGCGGUCAAGUACAAUGGGCGCUCCAUCCACUUUGCAGGCAGUAGCCCCAGCACAGACUCCCGUUGCUGGUUCAGUCCAUACAUCACCUGUGGUGGGGGAAUGGAUGCAGGUACUAUUCUCUUUCUGUUUGUCCUGUUCUGUGGGUUGGUUGGAGGUGGAGCUGCCUUCUAUAUGAAGAGAGGUGGCCAGAUUGGAAUCAGCUUUGGAGGAUCAGGGGAAGGAGAAGGGUCCUUAAAAGUAGUCUUGAAUCUGAAUGACCUGAUUUUCAUCAAUACCCAGACCAGCAUAAGGAAGCUGAAUGAGGACAGUAUGAUGAAGAGUCAGCUGGACGUGAAUACGCCUCGCCACUCAGUGUCAGGACGCAGCUACUUUGCCUCCACCCCUGACACCAACGUCGCCGUCUUCGAGGGUGACUGGUGGUUGAAGAGAUGUCCAAUGGACACUGUGUCUAGUGUCAGUAAUAGCACAAAAAUAUUUUUCACCAAGCUCAGGGACAUGCGGCAUGAGAAUCUCAACCUGUUUUUGGCCUGUUCCUUGACUCAGGGGAUAUUUGGUAUUGUGACAGAGCACUGUACCAGGGGCAGCUUGGAGGACCUUCUCAACAACGAGGAAAUGCGUCUCGACUGGAUGUUCAAGUCCUCCACAUUUCUGACCAUACUCUCUCUCCUCGUUGUUACACUGUCUCAAUCUUUCUGACCCUCCCUCCCAGGGAAAUGGUACCUGCACAACCGGGAUGUCAUCCACGGGCGCCUGAAGUCCCGAAACUGUGUGGUGGACGGACGCUUUGUGCUGAAGGUGACUGAGUACGGCUUCAACGAGAUCUUAUCCACCCAGAGCAAACUUGACAAAGGCAGGCCUGAGGAUCAGCUGUGGGUGGCUCCAGAGCUGCUAAGGAACUCCAAGCUGAUGAAGAGAGGAACGUUCCAUGGGGACGUCUACAGCUUCGCCAUCAUUAUGCAGGAGGUCAUCGCCCGCUGUGCUCCCUUCUGCAUGCUGGACAUGCCUCCCAAGGAGAUCCUCAGUAAGUUGAAAUCUCCCCCACCACUGUGUCGGCCCACUGUGUCAGCGGAUGAAGCUCCACUAGAGGUGAUCCAGGUCAUGAAACAGGCCUGGAGUGAGGAGCCAGACAAGAGACCCACCUUCGAGGAGAUAUUCAAACAGUUCAAGAGCAUAACCAAGGGGAAGAAGACCAACAUCAUAGACUCAAUGCUGCGUAUGUUGGAGCAGUACUCUACUAACCUUGAGGACCUGAUUAGGGAGAGGACAGAGGAGRUGGAGGUGGAGAGGAAAAAGACUGAUCAGCUGCUGGCCCAGAUGUUGCCCAGGUCUGUGUGCCUGGCCCUGAAGACGGGCAAGCCUGUGAAACCAGAGCACUUCUCUGAGGUCACUCUGUACUUCAGUGACAUUGUGGGCUUCACUACCAUCUCUGCACUCAGCGAGCCCAUUGAAGUGGUAGAUUUACUCAAUGAUCUCUACACACUCUUUGAUGCCAUCAUCGGGCAGCAUGAUGUCUACAAGGUGGAGACCAUCGGAGAUGCCUACAUGGUAGCCUCUGGAGUUCCAAACCGGAACGGUAGACGCCACGCAGCUGAGAUGUCCAACAUGUCCCUGGACAUCCUCUACUGUAUUGGAACCUUCAAGAUGAGGCACAUGCCUGAUGUCAAGGUCAAGAUUCGUAUCGGCCUUCACUCUGGCCCUGUGGUGGCAGGAGUGGUGGGUCUGACGAUGCCUCGGUACUGUCUGUUCGGAGACACUGUCAACACGGCUUCUCGAAUGGAGUCAACAGGGUUGCCUUACAGAAUCCAUGUCAACCAGAGCACAGUCGAUAUCCUACAUGAACUGAAAAUGGGCUACAAAAUAGACACCAGGGGCAUGACAGAGCUGAAGGGGAAGGGAGUUGAAAAUACAUUCUGGUUGGUUGGGAGAGCUGGGUUCGACAGGAUUCUCCCAAGACCGCCUGACCUUACUCCAGGGGCAAGUAACCAUGGCAUCAGUUUGGAGGAGAUUCCUCCAGAUAGAAAACAGAAAUUCCUUGACCGGCAGGCGAGGAAUAAGUAGCCGAUUGUGUUGCCCAGUCCUCCUACCUGUUGGAGUGAAAGACCAGAUAGGUGAAUUGACCAGGUUGGUUGAGAGGAUGGGUUAGGGGUGUGUCUGACAGACAGUCUGUCGCAUCACCCCAUGUGUCCUGUCGAGUGCUGAUCCACAUUGCACAAAUAAGCCAAAGUCGGAGAGACACUGUCUGUCUUUAACACAAUAUAUUUGCUGCACAGAGCAAAGAUGAGUUAAAAUAAGAGUAUUUUUUUAAUUUAGCAAAUGUGGGAAAUAGGAGGGAUAAAUAAAGGUGUAUUACAAUCAUGUACAAAAUACCAAAUAUAUUGAUUUAGGAGUCACUGUAGAAUGAAAACAUCACAACACAAACAUGGGACGAGAUUGUCUCUUUGCUUGAAAUAAACUAUAAAUGGCCAUGAUAUUGUGUGUAAUAUACUCUAUGUAUCUCUACUGUCUCUUUUGCUUUGUAGAAAUAUUGGACAGAGUAUGGAAAAGUGUUCAUAGUCCACUAUAUGACAUGGGUAUAUUUAAGCAAUAAGGCACGAGAGGGUGUGGUAUAUGACCAAUAAACCA